AUGCAAGUCAUACAUGGGGUCUUGUUCCUAGUUGCUUACUUGUCAGCCCUGAUAGGAAAUGGGCUUAUCAUCUUCUUAAUUACUUGUGAUCAUCGAUUUCACACCCCCAUGUACUUCUUCCUGAAGAACUUGUCAUUCAUAGAUCUAUGCUACAUCUCUGUCACCGUUCCUAAAUUUAUCUUAAACUCUCUGAUGCACAAUAGCUCAAUAUCCUUCCUUGGCUGUGUUUUGCAGGUGUUUUCUUUUGUAGUUUUUGCAUGUGCUGAAUUAGCUAUUCUCACAGUGAUGUCCUAUGACUGCUAUGUGGCCAUCUGCCUUCCAUUGCAUUAUGACAUCAUCAUGAGUAGAGGAGCCUGUGGACAAAUGGUGGUGGCUUCAUACAUCAGUGGAGUGAUCUCUGGAGCAAUACACACUACAGCAACAUUCUACCUACCUAUUAGUUCUAAUAAAAUCUACCAGUUUUUCUGUGAUAUUCCACAAAUUAUUUUGAUUUCUGAUUCCAGAUUGAAUAUAGGAGAAAUUGGAAUCAUUGCACUUAUGUUCAGUGCUGCACUAGUUUGCUUUGCAUUUAUUUUUUAUUCAUAUGUACACAUCUUCUCCAUUGUCCGAAGGACCUCCUCUUCAGAGGAUAGGAGCAAAGCACUUUCCACUUGCAUUCCUCAUCUGAUUGUUGUGACCUUGUUUAUUAUAACUGCCUCCUUGGAUUACCUGAAGCCACCCUCACAUUUGAGAUCACUACUAGAUCUCAUUUUGUCUGUGUUUUACACUGUGCUACCUCCAACACUGAACCCCAUCAUAUACAGUUUUAGAAAUAAGGAAAUAAAAACUGCUCUAGGGAAAAUGAUGCACAUGGAAAUAUUUAAAUCAAAUCAAUUUUUUUGGAAUGAUUAG